AUGGUACGAACUCGGGCCAAGAGAUCCGAUGAAGAACCUGGGCCGUCGAAACGCAACACGGCGCGGAAAACCUCGCACAACAAGACGGAUCUUGCGAAGUCCGUCCGAGAAGCGGUUACAAAAAAGCCGAAGAAGAAACUGAUCCUCCCGAAGCCCCCGACUGGUAGUGGCAAGAAAAAGAAGAAGUUUACCGGUAAACGACCAGUUGCGAGAAAGUCGACUGCUCGACCAGUGGAAAGACUCCGACGAGCGCCGGAAAACUUCAACGAGGACGCAGAAUGGGAACUGGAGGAAUUCGGCGGCAUGUAUCUCGCCUGGGGAAAGAAGAAAGUGCGUCAACCCGACGGAUCCACCAUAACCGAGGCCUAUUUGAAAGGAGACACAGAGCAUCGAAUCUGGAUCAAAUGGACAGUCGCGUUUAGUGACGGAAUUCGCUGGUCGGCCGAAAAACAAGACAAACUUGUCGGAGUCGACAAAAAGAAGAUCAAAGAAAUCGUCAAUGCUCGGGAAGCGUGGCCACUGCCCUCGAUCAAGGAUGGCCGUCGCUCCUUGUGGAAGGCGAGAAAGUUGAUUUGCCAGGGCUUUGGCAUCACCGAGUGGCAGCCAGCUUCGAGCAAGCCCAAUGACAAAUGGCAAAUCAUUGAUCCUGAGCUGCCAACAACUACGUCGGAGGUCGACGACACCGACGAAGAAACUGAUGACGACGAAGCAUAA